GAUAGAAUCGCGGACUGCAGCUCCAGCAUGGCGCGUGUAAGGAGGUGCAUGUACAUUCGGAAGUUGGACAGAACCAUGUGUGGUUUAGCUUGGUUUGUGGGUGAUGGGUUGCCGUUGAUUUGGCCAAGUGCUUUCUGAGCGAUCUCCCGAUUUUGAAAUUGUUCCGAAUUUCGUUUCGCACAAUCUCGCUCGGCCGAGUGGGCCUGUGUUGCUAGUUCCGCUCCCUCUCUCCCUCCCCCCACUUCGGGUCGAAUACCCAAGCUCUCCGCUGGCCCCUUCACCCCUCGCCCAAGCGUGGUUACCCCGUCCCCCUACACGACCCCGUGGAUAGCUCGCUAUCCUUGACGACCCGCACGACAUUGUAAUCAAGGGACAUAUUCUGCUCUCAGAAGUGUUCCGACGGAUUCAGCUAUCCCUACCCAUUAUGACCUCUUCAUCUCGGCUUCAAAUCGACACUUCGGUCUCGGCAGCGCCAGUACCGUCGUCCUUGAAUGCCAAGCCGUCGACAAACACUCUCACGGUCUCCAGUGCUAAACGUUCGCGACUCAGGAGCGCAUCCAACGCCUCGUCCACGUCCUCCAUCUCCAUAUUAUCGCCACAAUCUUCAUCUACCAAUGCUUCCGCUUCCACAUCCUCCCUCCAUCUUCCCAUCAGAAGCGUCGCAGCUUCAGACCCGCAGUCGCGUCCCACGAGCCCGUCGGAAUCGGUUUACGAUGAAACCAUACGCAUGAAUGUUCCCGAAUACGUGCUUGCGAUGCACGAUUACGCUCCACAACAUCAGACCGCGACUUGUCUGUCUUUUCGUGCUGGUCAAGUCAUCCAUGUCCUCAACCGCGACAAUAGUGGAUGGUGGGAUGGAGAGUUAGAGGGUAGGAGGGGUUGGUUUCCCAGCAACUACGUGAAUACGGACAUCGAGACUUUUGCUGAAGAGGAGCACGUAUCAACAGCCUCGAUGUCAAGAAGUCGGGGUCAUGCGCAUACACUCUCCGCAAGCUCUGCAGCAUCUCAUGACAGCUCGACGUCCCGCAGUGCUUCACAUACCCGACGACCGUCAAUAUCAGAGGCUCUCGGUCCCGACAUCGAUUCAUACUGUCCUCCGAUCAUGGUCCCCCUCCUCCACGGGCUUUCGUUACUACAGAGUGCCGUGCGUUCAAAUCGAAUAUCUCACUUCCAACCUUCCACGGCGUGCAUCAUCUCCUGCGUCCGAUCCGUGCUCUCCGCAACAGACACGCUUGUUCGCGACGCGCCGAUACUCAGUCGGUUCCCAGCGCUCGCCCAGGAGCGACGAAGGAUAUUGUCUGUUUUGGCGUCUCUGGUCGCUCAGGCCAAGCGUGCUUCUGAAGAUGGUCUCGAUGAGGCAAGUCAGGAAUCUCAGGUCGACGGAAUGGUCCGUCUCGGGGGGCAGGUUUUCGCUAGCGUUCGGAGAUUUCUCGCCGUCGCUGUUCAGUGUGGAAUAGAGCUGCCGGAGAGAAGACAGUCGGUCGGGUCGCUCGCAGGUUCUACCGAUACAGAAGCUGCAUCGUGGGAUAAUGUGGACCCGGCUGAAGCUGAAGCAUUGGAUCCCGGUUUCAACCACUCCAAUCGCGUGACACCAAGGAAGGAGGGCAGCGGACUUCGUGCUAAAAGUCUAGUCGAUCUCAGACGUUCCACAAGAACAUCAGUGGAUGAUGUGUCAACUCCGGUUCCCUUGCUGCCUACAGGAAUUAAGCUUCCGUCGAAGAGCAAGGCAGAGCAAUAUCUGUUCAAGGAGCGUGUUCUUAGGCACCGAUCGAAUGGACACUCUGUGGACAGCACUUCUUCGUCGUCUUCGUUUUCGUCGUUGGAGGCUCCGCCAACGCGACCGUCGUUUCCUGUAGGACCCUCGACCACCGCACAGGUGAUGGAUGCCUUGCGCUCCACCCAUGACCAAUAUCUGUCGUCAAUUGCCGCCUUCAUUGGACACGCACAUUCGCAUUCACGCUCCUCGCAUGCCUCCAGCACCGGUCAUAUGUAUGAGCUGGUCCGCGAGAUCGUGGAGAUGGUGUGCAAGCUUUUGACUAUCGUCGACGCAGUUCUCCAGCAUCGGGAUAUCCCAGCCAAUAAGCUGUCGAAUCUGCAAGCCGCCAAGGACGGACUCUACGAUGUGACCAGCACGCUCGCAGAAUCUGUUCGGGUGCUCACUGUAACGGUGGCACCGACCAUGUCUGAGGAGGAAGAGAAGCAGGCGCUUUUGCGGUCAGCAACUGGGGCUCUCAAAGUCGGUGCUGAUUGUGUGGCUGCAGUCAAGAUGUGUCUGAGCCGAUCGAGCGGGGAGCGUCCAUUCAUCCUCAAUCUACCCAACGCUUCAGAAAGCAUAUCAUUCACCCCCAGCAAGUUCUCGAUCAAGCCUCCUCUCGCGAGAUCAAGCAGCAUGGGCGCUUUGAAGUAUGCUUACGAAGAGGAGUCUACCCAGCCGACGCCCUCCCGAGCGUUGGCUGAAAUUUCGUCUGGGUCGGAGAGCAGCGGGUUGUCCCACUCGAGUUCAGUGCAGUCGCAGGACACACAUGUCACAUCACCGGACAGCGGCCUCCACAGUGAUGCACUGAGCGAGCUGCCGCCUCUCUCGCCGACGUCUCUCAUGAGCGGGGACGAUGGCACAACCUGGGAAGGCAGUCGUAACCACGCAAGUGAGGAAAAGGCACUGGAAGAGAAAAUCUUGCGCGGAGAGCUGCCCUCUGUUCCACCCGAGGAGGCGGGCGCGCUGUUGCAAGAUCCCGUUGCAUGGAUGCUAUCGCAUGACUACUUGACGGAAGAUGUGGCGUACAACAACGACGGCCUCCUUGUCGGCGCUACACUCGAUGUCCUGGUCGAGAAGAUGACACCGCAUGACAGCAUAGUGGAUCCUGCUUUCUCUGCUGUCUUCUUCUUGACGUUUCGGCUGUUCUCGUCGCCGAUCGAGCUAGUCGACACGAUUAUCCGACGGUACAACCUUGUUCCGCCAGCGGGCAUCUCGAACGAAGACAUCCAGCUUUGGCAGCAGCGCAAGGGCAUCCCGGUGCGGCUGCGCGUGUCCAACUUCAUCAAGCUGUGGGUGGAAAUCUACUGGCGGGCGGGUGUUGAUGAGUCAGCCCUCGAGCCUUUGAUCAAUUUCACGCACAAUGGUUUGGCUGUGAUGUUCCCUGGCCCUGCACAGCGAAUCAAGGACCUUCUCGAUCUCCGGGUCAAGUCAGUUGUCAGUCCCAAGAGUGAACGCACGCGCGACCCAGGGAUGUCGAUCAACCCGCCCUUGGCGCCUCUGGUGGUGGGCGAGAUCCCGCGGCCGUUAAUGACCAAGACGCUCCUCUCGCAUCUGCGGUCCAGGAAUUUUGCAGCAAUCGCUAUCACGGAUUUCGAUGCGCUGGAGCUUGCGAGACAGCUGACGAUCAUGGAGUGCAAUCUCUACUGCGCAAUACAGCCCGAGGAGAUCUUGGAGACUGGGCAAGAAGGAGCCAAGCCGCCUCUUAACGUCAGGGCCGUCUCUUCGCUGAGCACAGCCAUCACUGGCUGGGUUGCAGAGAGCAUCCUCAGCGAACCUGAUGCGAAAAAGCGCACGCUGCUCGUCAAGUUCUUCAUCAAAGUCGCUGAUCGGUGUUCGUCGCUGAACAACUUCAGCACCCCGAGAUCGAUGUUGGCUGCUCUAGAUUCCUCAACCAUCUCGCGCCUGCAUCAGACCUGGCUUGGUCUACCGCAGAAAAACCGUGCGCAACUCGAGACAUUGCGACGUCUAGCAGACCAUUCCCGCAACUACCACGAGUACCGUUCAAAACUACGGAGCACUGCUCCCCCUGCUGUCCCGUUCCUCGGACUAUACCUGACCGACGUUACGUUCUGCCGAGAAGGCAACCCAUCCCACCGAACUUCUCCUGUGAAUGCAUCGAAGAAAUUAAUCAACUUUAACAAAUACCACAAACUAGCUCGGAUCGUGCAAGACAUGCAGCGAUUCCAGGUCCCGUACCAUCUCAGGGGAAUUCCUGAAGUUCAACAGUACCUCACUGGCGCGUUUGAGAUGUCCAAGCACCACGGAGAUCUCCAAGAUCUGUAUCGACGAAGCCUUCUCGUCGAACCACGGCAGCCGGCAGACAACUCGGCAGCCCCGGAUAUGCGACCUUUGUUCGGUUGGGCCAGCAGGUCAACGGCCCCGACACCUUCAUGAGGAUCCGCGUCGUCUGUUCCAGUUGUGUCCUCCUUUGCUCUGCAUGCCACAUCCUAGCCUCUUCUUUCUGGAUUCAUCUCGCAUAUGUCAUUUGUUCAUAUCUGUCCUGCAUAUUAACCAUUAUUGUUGUUAUGUCUGUAUCCAUACAUACUGUUCAUCCAUGUCAUUUCCGACGGACGAUUGGUGGCUGUGCACUAUCUCUUCUCAUACAUUAACCACCAGACCAAUGCACUUGUCGCGUUUACGUUCCACUUUGCCUCGCGCGCCGCGUCGGUUCUUCGCGUCAACACAAAUCUCGCGAAAUAAAGCGAGCACGAGCGCGAACGCGAAUGCGAAGCUUCCGGCAGGCUCUCCGUCAACACCGAAUGAACCAGGCGGUCGGGGCGAUUUCAGAAGUCCUUGGUUCUUCAAAGCUGUCGGAGUCGGUAACUUCAUUGUCAUUCCAGCUGUCGGCAUCUACGCGUUGUUUUUCUGGGACUGGGGAAACGACGACAGAGAGACUGUCGUGCAGCCCGCAAGAAGGUGGCUGCAAGAAAAAAGGGACGCCUUCUACGGUGUUUCGUCCGAAGCGGACGGCUCUUUGGAUGCCCCUCCCCUCGACACAUCGAGGCUAUCGACUGCUGGGCUGCCGAAAGGCUUUUUCAAGCCGUUCUUCCGCGUUCUUGGAAUCCAGCCGGGAGGGCCUGCGGAAGUCGCGGUGUGUUUCAGUGUCGUCUGGUUCUUCGAGGAAGCUGAAACUCUUAAUCAGGGCUUGCAGAAGAAAGACUUGGUGAUGUCGUUUGGAGAGACUCCGGUGAGAGACAUGGCGCCGAAAAACGUACUCCCAGAUGAUCCGGGCCGCCACGGAACAAGAGGUUUGUUCGUUUUCCGAAGAUGGAGCGGAGGGCUUAGAAGCGUGCUUCAGACUCCCUUGGAACUACUUGUUCUGCGAGACGGAAAGCAUCUUUUGCUCCUGCUGACACCCACACAAGAAGCUGGAUUGGGGUGCGUUAUCUUGGAGUUUUACUUCUAUCUGCUCACGAACCACCGUCUCAGAUGCAAUUUCCAGAGAUACCAGCCGGAGAAGUCACGCGCGAUCGGAGAAGCUAAUAUACAUUGGUUUACGAGGCUG